AUUCUUCACCCGCCAAGAACUCUUCUGCGCAGAAGGUGAAAGGUCUCUCUCCAUAGAAAGGGCAAGAAAGCAAUCUGAACUUGCCGAUAAUGAGUUCUGCAACUCAAGGUAGGUCAUUCUUCUCCCAUGUCGCGACUCCUUAGAACUAUAUCCAAUGGUUUUUUAACAAAUAUUAACGUCGUAUAUGAGUCUUCGCCUUGAUGAAAAUAUAUUUUUUAGUCUUUAUGCGAUCUGUGUUUAUAUCAUGUUCUGCUCUUGGUUUUGCAAUAUUCGUCUAUCCGUUUUAGUGGCUGUGAUAUUUAGAUACUUGCUACUUGCUAGCGCCGACCGCAAAACAUAAUUAUUUUGCUAGAGUAUAUGAUCGUAUUUUGGACUGGUAUAAAAACGUGUUGGUCGGGAUUUUUAAUAAUAUGAAAUGCCAUAAACGGAUGUUAAAUAAUAUGAAAUACAAAGCUGGUGGUCUGGAAUAAGUAUACAGCAACACAUGAAACACAUUGCUGGUGUUUUUCUUUUUUAUGGUUGUUCAGGUAGCAAUGGAACAACGCUUUCUGGCCGUGUUAACAAGACGACCCAGAAGCGCCGCAGUUGGUCUACACGCGAAGAAGAAGUGCUAAUCGCUGCAUUGAAGGAGCUCGUUGCGCAAGGAUGGAAAUCCGACAACGGAUUUCGAGCCGGUUAUUUGAGCAAGUUAGAGGAGGCUAUGAGGAAGGACUUUCCGACCACCGAUUUGAAAGGGAUGCCUCACAUAAACUCGAAGGUAACAACGUGGAAAAAGACUUACUAUUCAUUGUGGAACAUCCUCAAGACCAGUGGAGUUGGUUUCAAUGUGGAUGGAAAGCACAUGAUUGAUUGCGAUGAUGAACAAUGGGAGAACUUUGUGAGGGUCGAUAAUAGCGUGAGCAACUAUCGCAAGAAAAGUUGGCCUCUACUUGAGGAUUGGAAGAUAAUAUUCGGCAAAGAUAGAGCUACGGGCGAUGAGGCGGAGGAUCUCAUGGAGGCGUCCCAUGAGAUGUAUCGAAAAUUGGAUACUAGCCAACCGAAUGCCGAUGAUGAUUACCGCGUCUCACUUGAAGAUCUCUUCGAGAAUGGCGAAGCGGGUGACAAUGUAAGCCACACCCAAGUUCAUGAAGAGAGUGUUACGGCUGAGAAGGAAGUGCGGGGUUGCGGCAAGAAGCGGCGCCGCAGUGCCACCUUUGACGACAGAUUCUUCGAGGCCCUACAUGAAAUUAACCGGGGGACCGAAACUAGACUUGAUACAAUAUCAAGUAAAAUGGGUUACGACUACGAUAUAUCAAAGGCAAGAAAAGAAGUCUUCGCUCAAUUGUCUGCUAUUCCGGGGCUGUCAAAGAUGGAAAAGUUUGAGUUGACAGAUUUGCUUGCAAAGGAGGUCGAGCGUCUGGAUGUGUUCUCAAGCCUCCCGGAUGACGCGAAGGAAGACUACGUGCACUACUUGCUUGCUUUGAAGCAUAAGUAAGUCACCUUCGUGCAAGGAAUGUUUUGGUGCUCUUCUUUUGCAUUUUGAAAUCUGACAGUUUCUCAUAUCAUGUUCAAAGAAUAUUUUGGAACUUGUUGCAAGAUUGUUUAGGUUUAUGUUGGGUACUAGUUGGCCCUUUAAGCUUAUGCAGUUGUUGGUACUUUGUUUCAUGGAGACCGAUCAUGUUAUUUUGUACCUUGUUUCAUGGAGAUUUGAAAGUUAUUUCA